AUGUGGAAGCCUCACAAACACACACCACUGGUGAACGGUGGAGAGCAGAAGCCUCACAAACACACACCACUGGUGAACGGUGGAGAGCAGAAACCUCACAAACACACACCACUGGUGAACGGUGGAGAGCAGAAACCUCACAAACACACACCACUGGUGGACGGUGGAGAGCAGAAGCCUCACAAACACACACCACUGGUGAACGGUGGAGAGCAGAAGCCUCACAAACACACACCACUGGUGGACGGUGGAGAGCAGAAGCCUCACAAACACACACCACUGGUGAACGGUGGAGAGCAGAAGCCUCACAAACACACACCACUGGUGGACGGUGGAGAGCAGAAGCCUCACAAACACACACCACUGGUGGACGGUGGAGAGCAGAAGCCUCAUAAACACACACCACUGGUGGACGGUGGAGAGCAGAAGCCUCACAAACACACACCAUUGGUGGACGGUGGAGAGCAGAAGCCUCAUAAACACACACCACUGGUGGAAGGUGGAGAGCAGAAGCCUCACAAACACACACCACUGGUGGACGGUGGAGAGCAGAAGCCUCACAAACACACACCACUGGUGGACGGUGGAGAGCAGAAGCCUCACAAACACACACCACUGGUGGACGGUGGAGAGCAGAAGCCUCACAAACACACACCACUGGUGAACGGUGGAGAGCAGAAGCCUCAUAAACACACACCACUGGUGGACGGUGGAGAGCAGAAGCCAUAUGGGAUGAUAUAUCAACAGACAUCAGACUGUGUCUCUCUCUUCCAAUUCACAAUGUUUCCAUGA